ACACUGCUGGUGCCCAGAAAUGUCUAAUUACAAAGCCUCAACACACAAAAUGUCAAUAGAAUAAGUGAGGCUCCCUCAAGAACCUGCCAUGAACCAUUUUGAGGGACCAGCUGAAGGAGAGGUGAAUGAUGAACUAAGGAGUAGACUGGUGAAUGAAUCUGUGGAGGCUGACCUGGAACAUUCUGAGGUAGAGGAUGAACAGCCCCAGUAUGCCAUUCAUUACCCAAGAUGUGCCAAUAGCAGCCUUGAAGGACGCUCUCGACAGGAAGAGGAGGAGGGCACGUUAGCACGGUCAGCUAGCACUGAGAGCGGCUUUCACAACCACACGGAUACUGCUGAGGGAGAUGUCAUAGCCACAGUGGAGGAUGCCUAUGAAGGAGACCGAGUGCUGGACAAUGAGGAUGAGAGUGCCUAUGCAGUGCAGUACAGGCCCGAGGCAGAGGAGUACACAGAAAAUGCUGAGGCAGAACAUGCGGAGACGAUGCGUAACCAAACUCUCCCCAACCACUUGCACUUCCAUUCCAUUGAGCACGAGGAAGCCAUGAAUGCUGCUUAUUCAGGCUAUGUGUACACCCACCGGCUCUUCCACCGGGGGGAAGAUGAGCAGUAUGCUGAGCCCUAUGCUGACUAUGGGCUGCAGGAACAUGUCUAUGAGGAGAUAGGUGACACACCUGACCUUGAUGUUCGGGAAGGCCUUAGACUCUACGAGCAAGAGAGGGAGGAGGCUGACAACUAUCGAAAGGAAGCUCUCGGUGCCCGGCUCCACCACUAUGAUGAGCGCUCUGAUGGAGAGUCUGACAGCCCCGAGAAAGAGGCAGAGUUUGCUCCCUAUCCAAGGAUGGACAGUUAUGAACAAGAAGAAGACAUUGACCAAAUUGUGGCUGAAGUCAAGCAGAGCAUGAGUUCUCAGAGCCUGGACAAAGCUGCUGAAGACAUGCCAGAAGCAGAGCAGAAUGUGGACCCUGGUGACACUCCUGCUCAUGUUCACCAUGAAAGCAACCGUCCACUGUCCAUAGGCUCUAGACCUACAGUUAAUGUGGGAGAUCCAGUGCAAAGAUACAGCAAGGAGAAAAGGGAUGCAAUAUCCCUGGCUAUCAAAGACAUUAAGGAAGCUAUUGAGGAAGUGAAGACUAGGACCAUCCGUUCUCCUUAUACCCCUGAUGAACCCAAAGAGCCCAUUUGGGUGAUGAGACAGGACAUCAGCCCAACCAGGGAUGGGGAGGAUCAGGGUCCACUAGAGGGAGAUUCUCCAUCUCCUGAUUCAUCUUCCCCACGAGGCGCUGAAUCAUCAGGUCUGCAGCAUCACCAAGAUGUCUGUGGAACAGCAGAAACCCCCACCAAGAAGGAGUCAAGAAAAAGCUUGGCUUCUUUCCCAACCUAUGUUGAAGUUCCUGGACCCUGUGAUCCUGAAGAUUUAAUUGAUGGAAUCAUAUUUGCUGCCAAUUACCUUGGCUCUACUCAGCUUCUUUCGGACAAAACUCCGUCAAAGAAUGUGAGAAUGAUGCAGGCUCAGGAAGCUGUGAGCCGAAUCAAGAUGGCCCAGAAAUUAGCCAAAAGCAGAAAGAAGGCCCCUGAAGGUGAAUCUCAGCCCAUGACAGAAGUUGACCUCUUCAUCUCAACGCAGAGAAUAAAAGUGCUGAAUGCAGACACUCAGGAGGUGAUGAAAAUUCCCUUUAAUGUGGAAAACGAAACUAUGAUGGAUCAUCCUCUGAGGACCAUUUCCUACAUUGCAGAUAUUGGGAAUAUAGUCGUCUUGAUGGCUCGCAGGCGAAUGCCAAGAUCUAAUUCCCAGGAUAAUGUGGAGGCAUCUCAUCCCUCCCAGGAUGGGAAGAGACAGUAUAAAAUGAUCUGCCAUGUCUUUGAAUCUGAGGAUGCACAGCUAAUUGCACAGUCCAUAGGUCAGGCAUUUAGUGUGGCCUACCAGGAAUUCUUGAGGGCCAAUGGGAUAAAUCCAGAAGACCUGAGUCAGAAGGAAUACAGUGACUUGCUCAACACCCAAGACAUGUACAAUGAUGACCUGAUCCACUUCUCCAAGUCUGAAAAUUGCAAAGAUGUUUUCAUUGAGAAGCAGAAGGGAGAAAUUCUGGGUGUAGUAAUUGUAGAGUCCGGAUGGGGAUCCAUCUUGCCUACUGUUAUCAUUGCAAAUAUGAUGCAUGGAGGACCAGCUGAGAAAUCGGGGAAGCUGAACAUAGGGGACCAAAUCAUGUCCAUCAACGGGACCAGUUUGGUUGGCCUACCACUCUCUACCUGUCAGAGUAUCAUAAAGGGGUUGAAAAACCAGGCUAGAGUUAAGCUGAAUAUAGUCAGAUGCCCUCCAGUAACUACUGUCCUUAUCAGAAGACCAGACCUCAGAUAUCAGCUUGGCUUCAGUGUUCAGAAUGGCAUUAUCUGUAGCCUUAUGCGAGGAGGCAUUGCAGAGCGAGGAGGCGUACGAGUGGGUCACCGAAUCAUUGAAAUAAAUGGGCAAAGUGUUGUAGCAACACCUCAUGAAAAGAUUGUUCACAUUCUCUCAAACGCUGUUGGUGAGAUUCAUAUGAAGACCAUGCCAGCUGCCAUGUACAGACUCUUGACCGCACAGGAACAACCGGUUUACAUCUAAAGCUGCCCCACCCCGUGUGCAUGGGGGACGCUUUUCCUUGUUAGUGGAGUUUUCUUGUGCUGCA